CCACCCUGCAUAUAAUCUACCUUCACGCGCGCCAAUCACGUGCGUGAAGACAAAACCACACACUCGCUCCAUCGUGUGGUCACGUGGGUACCCAUAACAGAGUAACAGUCCCAUCAACGGUGCCUUAAUUUCUCUCGAGAUUCUCAUAGAAGCUUUCAGACUCAAAAGAGUGAGAAAUAAAAAGGUCGGGUAAGAAACAAACGAACCUGGAAGAUCCAUCGGAGACCGGCAAAAGGAAAAUGACCGUAACCGCUACGACCACGUCGGUGUUUGAUCUCCCCGAUGUAAUUUUAUCCAACAUCUUCGCCGCGGUAUCCGAUCCCCGAAGCCGAAAUUCGCUGGCCUUGGUGUGCCGGAAGUUCUUUGUACUGGAGCGGAGCACGCGCACCUCUCUCACGCUCCGGGGAAACGUGCGGAACCUCUUGAUGGUACCGAUGUGCUUCGAUGCCGUGACGAAUCUUGACCUCUCACUGCUGUCUCCGUGGGGAAAUGAGUUUCUAGCGUUAUCGCCCGAUGGGCUCCUCUUCGCGCAACUCCUAGGUAUGGCGUUUCCCCUUGUGACUAAACUGACAGUCUACGCCAGAUCGCCUUCCACUCUACAGAUUCUCCUCCCUCAGUGGCCAGGAUUGAGCCACUUGAAGCUCAUACGGUGGCAUCAACGGUCACAUGCGCCUCCCCGUGCCGAUUUUGCCCCUGUAUUCGAACAAUGUCCGAAGCUGACCUCUCUCGAUUUAUCGCAUUUCUAUUACCACACCGAAGGUCUACCGCAGGCAAUACAGGGUCAUCGCCGGACAUCGGCGUUUCUGCAGCACUUAGAUCUACUAACGGUGUCGUUUAACGAAGGGUUCAAGUCUCAUGAAAUACGUGAAAUUACUUCGGCUUGUCCGAAUCUGAAGAAGUUCCUGAUUGUAUGUAUGUUUGAUCCAAGAUACGUUGGAUCCGAUGUUGGAGAUGAGACCUUGCUAGCCAUAGCCACAAACUGUCCCAAAUUGUCGCUUCUGCAUCUCGCAGAUACAAAGUCGUUGGCGACUGUGAGGGGCGAUCCUGAGGAUGAAGGUUUUAGCUCAGUAGAUGCCAGGAUCAGUGAAUUGGGGUUGCACGAGUUCUUCACAGGUCUACCUUUGCUUGAAGAAUUGGUUCUGGAUGUUUGCAAUAAUGUGAGGGGCAGUGCCUUGGCCUUGGAGGUGCUUAGCUCGAAAUGUUUGAAAUUGAGAGUGCUUAAAUUGAGCCAAUUUCACAGCGUCUGCAAUGCAGUGGAGUCACAGCUUGAUGGAGUGGCUCUGUGUUCAGAGCUAGAGUCACUGUCGAUAAAGAACUCGGCCGAUUUGGAUGAUAUGAGACUCAUAGAGAUCGCCAGGGGGUGUCAUAGGCUGGUGAAGUUUGAAGUUGAGGGAUGCAAGCGAAUUACGGCUAAGGGGAUGAGGACAAUGUCUACUUUGCUUCGCCAAACCUUGGUCGAGGUCAAGAUUUCUUGUUGUAAGAAUCUCAAUGCUGUGUCCACUUUGCACUCUUUGGAGCCUAUUUGUGAUCGGAUUCAGCGUCUACAUGUUGAUUGUGUGUGGGAUGGAUUCAAAGAGAGUUGCGAGGAAGAGGAAAUCUUACCAAUUUUUGAUCUCAACGAAGCAAUUGUUGAUCCUGAGGACACAAACAGGAGGAAGAAAUGCAAGUACUCUUGGGGUGCGGAUUGUUCCUAUUCACAAAGCUAUGAGAACGGGUAUUUGCGGAAGCCCUGGAGGAGUCUAAGGUACCUUUCUCUCUGGAUUGGUGUUGGUGAGCUUUUGAAUCCAUUACCGAUGAUUGGCCUUGAGGACUGUCCUAAUUUGGAAGAGAUUCGGAUAAAGGUCGAGGGAGAUAGCCGGAUAAAGUACAAGCCCUCAGAGCUAGAAUUCGGAUUGAGCUGCCUGGCUUGUUAUCCUCGGCUGUCUAAGUUGCAGCUGGAUUGCAGUGAUACCAUAGGUUAUGCUUUGACUGCACCAUCAGGGCAAAUGGAUCUAAGCCUCUGGGAGAGGUUUUUCUUAAAUGAGAUUCAUAGAGUGAGACUCAAUGAGUUUGAUUACCGGCCACCGCAAGAUCGGGAUGUCAAUCAGAGUAGUAUCUGGCUUCCAGGUGCUGGACUGCUUGGCCAAUGCGUUACACUGAGGAAGCUGAUCAUCCAUGGGACUGCACAAGAACACUUUCUGGGUUUCUUUCUUAACAUUCCUUAUCUGAGAGAAUUUCAGUUAAGGGAAGAUUACUACCCGGCACCGGAGAAUGACAGUACAGAGGUGAGGGUAGACUCCUGUAGUAGGUUUGAGGAUGCGUUGAAUGGUCGUCGAAUCCCCGACUGAAAGUAGUAAACUAUGUAUAUCUGAGUUUUCCAGUGUUAAGACCACCUAUAUAUGCAAAUUCCGUUGAGGAAAGGAAUAGAAAUGUUUUCCUUCCCAUUGACAAGAA